GACCGAUAACAUCGACAUGUCGUCAAGCAUUCAGAAAUCAAGCGAGUAAAAUGUCACCGGCUGCAGUAAAAGAGGAGCCUCCGCGUCACCAACGCUCGACUGUGUGCAAAAUAAUGCACGCAAAGGGUGUUCUUCACAGACUAGAAGAUCUAAAUGUCACCCAAACCCAUCGUCCUGAGCACCAGAAGUCUGCAUGCAUUAAGAAAGAGGGAGAGUCACCAUACAUCAAGGAUGAGGAAGAGUCUGUACCCAUUCAAGGUUUCAGCAAAUAUUUUGGUCCUGAGUGGCAGGGGUCUGAGUCUCCUUCCGUUAAAGAGGAAUUUGAGCACCCGCAAAUGAAACGGGAAGAGCCAGAGCACCCUCAACAGCAAAAGAGAGAAGCGCAACUUCCAAUCAAAAAGGAGGAGGUAGAGCUGCCAUACAUUAAAGAGGAGGACGAUAUCACCAGGUUGACUGGUGAGCCCCUGAAGAGCAAAGAUUGUCUGAGUGAGGCCAGCAGAGGGACGGAGCCUCCAAGCAGCAGCUCAACAGAAGGCUUGCAAACUGACAUUUUCAUCGCUCCAUCAGACAGAAAUGGCGCCACAUCACACUCAACUUACAAUGAUGAUGGUCAUAAGAAAUCUCACCAUGACGACGAACACUGUAAAUGCUCUCAGUGUGGGAAAACCUUUGCUAAUAAGCAUACCUGUCUUAGGCAUAUCAGGAGCCACACUGGUGAAAAACCUUUUGUCUGCUCAGUUUGUAGUCAAGAAUUCAGUCGAAAGCAAGACAUACAAAGACACAUAAGAACUCACACUGGCGAAAAACCUUGUUCCUGCUCCGUUUGUGGUCAAGGAUUCACUCGAAAGCAACACUUGAAAAUACACACAAGAACCCACACUGGUGAAAAACCUUUUUCCUGCUCCGUUUGUGGUCAAGGAUUCACUCGAAAGCAACACUUGAAAAUACACACAAGAACCCACACUGGUGAAAAACCUUUUUCCUGCUCCGUUUGUGGUCAAGGAUUCACUCGAAAGGAACACUUGAAAAUACACACAAGAACCCACACUGGCGAAAAACCUUUUUCCUGCUCAGUUUGUGGGCAAGGAUUCACUCAAAUUAACCACUUAAAAGUCCACACAAGAACCCACACUGGUGAAAAACCUUUUUCCUGCUCAGUUUGUGGAAAAGGAUUCAGUCUAAAGCAAGACUUGAAAACACACACAAGAACCCACACUGGUGAAAAACCUUUUGUCUGCUCAGUUUGUGGUCAUAAAUUCACUCGAAAGGGAACCUUAAACAGUCACACAAGAACCCACACUGGUGAAAAACCUUUUUCCUGCUCGAUUUGCGGUAAAGGAUUCAGUCGAAAGAAAGACUUACAAAGACACAUAAGAACCCACACUGGUGAAAAACCUUUUUCCUGCUCCGUUUGUGGUCAAGGAUUCACUCGAAAGGAACACUUGAAACUACACACAAGAACCCACACUGGUGAAAAACCUUUUUCCUGCUCAGUUUGUGAUCAAAGAUUCAGUCACAAAAGCACCUUAAAAAAACACACAAGAACCCACACUGGUGAAAAACCUUUUUCCUGCUCAGUUUGUGGAAAAGUAUUCAGUCUAAAGCAAGACUUGAAAACACACACAAGAACCCACACUGGUGAAAAACCUUUUGUCUGCUCAGUUUGUGGUCAUAAAUUUACUCGAAAGCAACACUUGAAAAUACACACAAGAACCCACACUGGUGAAAAACCUUUUUCCUGCUCGAUUUGCGGUAAAGGAUUCAGUCAAAAGCAAGACUUAGAAAGACACAUAAGAAACCACACUGGUGAAAAACCUUUUUCCUGCUCCUCUUGUGGUGAAGCAUUCAGUCAAAAGCAAAAAUUAAAAAUACAUUUCACAACCCACACCUGAAAAAACCCUUUUUCCUGCUCAGUUUGUAGUCAUUCGGAAAGAUCGGAUGAAGAGACACGUGUGUGUGUUGGUGUGAGUAGCAGUGGCCAAUGACUGUUUUGACUGUCAUCCAUGCUGUUGACGAUUGCAGUUUUGGGGGCUUACAUGUGCUUUGUCCAAUCCUUGUUUGAUGUAGAUCCACACUAUUGCCUAAAGUAUUGGCUUACCUGAUUUAACUCCCAAGUUAAGUGAAUUGUGGAAACUGUUUCUUAAACACAGCCUCACGAGAUGCUUUCAUUUUUGUUGAUUUUAGAGGAGGCUGUAACGUGCAACUUAAAAUACAUGGCUGCUUAUUCAACUACAUUACCGCCACAAAAUGCAACUUUUAUUCUCAUAAAAAUUGUACAACAUAUUUUCUCGCCAUGACAGUUCGACUUUUUUUCCCCCCAUUCUAACAGUAUGACUUUAAUGUCUUUUUUUUGUGCGGCUCUUAUACUCUGUCGUAUAAAUUGGACACUGAUAUUUUUAUUGUUUGUGCUUUUCAUCAUACCAGCCCCCGCCAAUGAAAAUCUCUCGACUCUGCUGGGAACUUUUAAGUGUUUGUA